UUGGCUAUAGGCUGCGACAAGCACAUGGCUCUAGCCUGCGGCGGGAGGGCCACGCUCUCGCGAGCAGCGGCAUCACUCUUGGGCACGAGGGCAGCAUCGGCGACGGCUUGUUCGGUCGCUCCGCGGCUGCGUAGUGGCAGGAGCACUAGUAGUCCGGGAGUGACCCCGCUCACUCGAAAGGGCUCAGACGCUGGGACUGCAAAUGCUGCUUGGGUAAGCAACGUCGCCACCUGCAACGUAUCCCGGCGCCAGCUAUCUUCACGGGGAGGAGAUGUAGACUAUAGCUCUCUCAUGGCUGGCCCUGGAACCGCGUUGCACGAUGACAUCAUGGAGAGCGCAGCUCGCAAACAGACAGGGGUGAGCCUGAAGACCCUGAUCGACACCGGGAGGGGCGAUCUGUUGUCGGGGGAAAUGGGCCUCACCGGGCAGGACAGCCUCUCCACCAAGCAAAAAAUGCUGAUACAGGUGGCGUCUUUCUUGCACAGGGAGCUCCCCAUCCGCCUGGCUCAUCGCGUGCGUGACUUGGAGUCCGUUCCCGACAUGCUCGCGCAGAAGUCGGUGCAGCAGGUUCGAGAGUGGUACGUUAUUUCGUACGAGGAGAUUCGGAAGUUCCCCCGUCCAGUUACCGUCGACGAGGAGGUUCGGUUCGCGGAGCUCUUGAAGGGCAUCUACCAGAGGCAUGCGCCCGUGCUUCUCACGAUGGCGAGGGGGGUCUGGGAGCUGCGCGAGUCGUUCGGUCCGAAGGACGCAAGCCGAAGGGGGGCCAAGAACCGCUUCGGCGACUUUUACGACUUCGAGCGGACCCACACCUUCCUGGACGGGUUCUACAUGAGCCGGAUCGGCAUCCGUAUUCUCAUCGGCCACUACCUCGCGCUGCAGGAAGCGGGGGCAGACAGCUGGAUCGGCAUGGUGUGCCAGGAGACGUCGCCCGCGGCCAUCGCCGAGGCUGCCAUCGAGGACGCCAAGUUCGUGUGCACCCGGCAGUACGGCGACGCUCCGGACGUGACCCUCCACGGCAGGCUAGACCUCACCUUUUCCUACGUGCCGUCGCACCUCCACUACAUCAUGCUCGAACUGAUCAAGAACUCCAUGAGGGCGACGGUGGACUUCCACGGGCUUGACGAAAUGGACAACAACCCCAUCCGCGUCGUCAUCGCCGACGGGGAAGGGAACGAGGACGUAGUGAUAAAGGUGGCGGAUGAGGGCGGGGGCAUCCGGCGCUCGUACAUGACACGCAUCUGGAGCUACCUCUUCACCACGGCCGACCCUGCGGUCCAGGAGGGAUUCAUUAACCUCGGGGAGGUCGAGAGUGAUCACGCCAAGGAGUCUCCGCUCGCCGGUCUUGGGUACGGCUUGCCCAUCAGCCGGAGCUACGCUCGUUACUUCGGCGGGGACCUGAGUAUCGUGUCCAUGGAAGGAUACGGGACGGACGCCUUCGUGCACCUAAGCCGCCUGGGCCACCACUCUGAGCCCUUGCCUUGA